AUGAGUGAUCAUCCCGCCAACUUUGUCUCGACCGUUCGUGACCACAUCGUUUGGAAGAUCAUCGUCUGCUAUUGGGCGCUCUGCUGUAAGGGUCGCGCCGCUGCCUGGAAGGUUAACGACAUUGCUGGUGUCAUGUUCAACCAGCAAGAAGUUGACUCAGGCACAACAUUAACAUUUUCGCCAUCACCAGCCUUAACAUUGGGCACGCACUGGAGAACUUAUUCAUUCCUCGAUAUUUACUUAGGCGCUCCUGCAGCUCCAAGCAAGGGCCCAACUCCUCCUGGGAAGACUCAGCAUCAAAUCAUGGUAUCCAAGAUCAUUGUGAAUGUUGGAAAUCUUGCUUUUACCAACGAUGGCGGCACACUUGGUGACAUUCCGUUGCUUGACUUCACCAAGUGCCCAAAGUCCGCCUGCAACGCCGCCUCCGCCGAGCUAAUCAACCCUGUGGCUGCUGAUGGCUCCAAGACUACCACCAGUGGAUCAAGAACCCAACAUUCCUAA